CCCCCUAACUGGCCUCCCUGUGUCCCAGCCCUCCCUUCUCCAGCCCACCCUCCCCCCGGCAGGACUGAGCUUGCCACUCACCUGCUCCUAAGUGUGCGGCAGCUCCCUUGUCUUUGUGAUGCUUCUCUGGCAUUGAAGCCCUGUGUGAUGUGACUGGCUUACCUUUCUGGAUAUUCCUCCUUAUGAACCCUUUAAGUCGGCUUAGAGAGUUCCCUCCGCUCUUUUUGUAAAGGAUUCCCCGGGUCUUUACAGAAUCAUCCUCCCCUCUGUAAUCCACUUCAAAGGGCAGUUCAACUGCCGCUUCCAAAAGGCUUUUCCUGAUUCCCCAAGCUUUGAACAUUCUCAUAUGAAUCUAGUUACCUUUCCCUCAUUUGUGAACAUGACAUUUUGUAUCCCUCCGGUAAACUGUAACCUCACUGAGGGCAGGGACCACUGGGCUGAUUUUUUUGCAUUUAUAUCCCCAGUGUCCUUUGAACAUAGUAAGUGCUAAAUAAGUUUUUGUUGAUUGGUUUCCCAGGAGUCCAGGAGAAAUCUCUUGUGACCUGGACGCCAAUCUCUUCUAUGAUCCCAAGCCUUUGUCUCCCCCCAAGGAAGCUUAGCUUCUUUUUUUUUUUUUUCUUCUUUAAUCCAGAAAAUUUGCAGUGGGUUUUGAUGUCAUAAAAUGGAUUCCCUCCUCACUAUUUUUUGGAUUCCAUAUCCAUAUGCCUCUUCUCUGAUACAGAGGCUCAGUGAACCCAGGAGAAAGAAAAGGGUGUGGUAAAAAGCAGUUGAAGGGCAUAGAUUGCUGCUCCCGCCCCACCCCCAUUCCUUUCUGUUGUCCAGAAAUUCUGAGAGCCAACAGAAUCUUCUCCUUUAUAGCUUCCUCUCCCUCUUCCCAUUACUUCUGACAAGAGAAAUGUCAAAGUCCGCAAUGAAGACUUGCUUCAUUUUCCAAGAGACCCACAAACUAAACAGAGAGACAAAUAUCAGACUACUGUGAUUUAAAACAAAACAAAACAAAAAUUACAGCAACUGGUCCUGAAAGAUAAAUCUGCCAACAGAGAUCAAAGAAUCCCAAGUAGUUGUGUCUUCUGUGAGGCAAGAUGAAGAAGGCAAGUAAAGAGAAAGCCUCAUCUUCCAAAGAGAAAGCCUCAACCAGCAAAAUGAAACCCUCCAAUUCCAAAGACAAACCUUAUGCUUCUAGAGAGAAAGUUUCUCUUUCCAGAGAGAAGGCCUCCAUUUCCAAAGAAAGAGCUUCCAUUUCCAAAGAGAGAUCCUCCAUUCUCAGAGAAAGAGCUUCCAUUUCCAAAGAGAAGAAUUCCUUUUCCAGAUCUAUCUCUGCUGAACGAUCAUCAUUGACUGGCUCAUCUUUUCAGAUUGUGACUUCAAGCAACAAAAAUCUUUAUUCUCAAUUGCCAGCAGUCAGUGGAUAUGACAUGCCUAGGGUUGAAGAAAAUGUGCAAGAAGAUGAAGUGGAAGAGAUGCCAAAUGUUACUGCUCAAAAAGUAUCUGAAGCAAUAAUAUCAGAUGCUCCUGAAUUUAAGACAUUAGAGGAAAUGGUUUUGGACAUAGAAGGACCUCCAAAGAUGGCAGAAAGCGUGUUUCCAUGGAAGGACAAUUUCUUUGAGAAGAUUGAAGCAAGAUCCAUUGCUAUGCAGGAAAAUGUAAUUAAUAAGUUUCUCCAGCAAAAGGAACUAGAGAAAAAGAUAGAUAAAAAGUUUCCUUUGGAUAACUUGGCCUAUGAAUGGUUAAAUGAUAACAAAAUGACAUUGGAUACUCAGGCAUAUUUACUUGAGAAACUGUUGCCCACCCUGAUGCCAGGGGUUGAAAAAUUGUUAAUGGAAGUAGAAAAGAGGAAGCUUUUGCAAUCUAAAAAGAAGAUAAAAUUUGAUCCGAUUAAUUAUUUGGGGGAAUACCUGAUGAGAAACAAUCCCAAUUACCAAAAAGACUUACCAGAAACUGGUUAUUUGAAAGCAAUGAAAGAUGUCACAAAAGAAAUGAAAACCCAAAUUCCUGAAACUCCCUUCUAUAGAAUAUCCAAAAUGAAGAAUGAUGUCAAAGAAAAACAAGAACAAAGAGAAAAUAUUGAAAAAAUCAAGUCCCAGGUGGGCAAGAUGCGGAAGGAAGCUCUGGGGAUGCAGUUCAAAGAAUGGCUUCUGGAUGCUGAUGGAAAGAUUCCACUUCCUGUGAUUCAGAAUGCUGUCCAAGCGUUUCAGGACACUGCGGCAGGACAGAAAACCGAGGAACUUUAUCAUCCAAUGGAAUUUGUAGCAUCAAUGAAAGAUAAGACAGAUGAAGAAGGUUUUAUAAAGGAGAUCUUUCCUUGUGUCAAGGACUUAACAAGUGAAAUGUUUACAGACUUCUUGAAGCACUUCUGCCUGAGUGCAGAUGACCUCUUGGAAAUAGUGAAACGUGACAUGUCAAGACAAAGGUUUUUACAACUCUUCUUGGCCUGUGACAAAACAAAGAUGGGGUUCCUGGACCGGGAGAGGAUACUGACCUUGCUGGAAAACUUCUAUGACAAAAGCCCAAAGAUAGUUAAGAAGCUCUUCCGUAACCCAAGAUAUUGGCCAUUCAUUGAAUUUCGAGACAUCGAACCGGCUGAGUUCUGGGGAGACUUGGAUGAUGAGAGGAGCCCUUUUCAGGCAUUGGAACAAAUAUCUUCAGGAGAGAUAAAGAAACACCUUCUGGCCUUUGAGAAGCUGUUGUCCCAGCACGACACAGAAGAGGAUGAAGAAGAAGAGCUUAAAAAGAUUAGGCCCACCACAAAAAAGGCCCAUAGAGAUGACUCCGAGCCACAAGAAACAGUAAGUUAUGAAAAAGGUCAUGGCAAGCUAAGUUCUUCAGCAAAGGAGGAGUUGUCUCCAGAAUCUCAGAAAAGACAAAGUCAAGAAGCAGAGGAGAAAAGAACAUCCAGAGAGGAGGAAAGAUCUAGAAAGUCGAGAGCCUCCUUAAAAGAGAAGAGAGACUCUAAGGGACCAAGAAAGGAGAGUGAAUUGGUCACAGAAGAGAAGAGCUCAAGUACAGCACUGCCACAGGAUGAGGAAAAGCAAGAGGCUGCAAAGAAGUCCCAAGAUGCAUCUGCAGUAGAGCAGGGACAAGACCAAGCAUCACUAGAAAUUAAAGAAUCUGGUUCCCUGGAAAAAAGCCCCAUGCUCCAAGAGGAAAGCAGCCAAGGGCAGGUGACAGAUCUUGCAGAGCACAAGGACAGUGAAGUACAGCCCAAGGUUUCCAAAUCAGCCGCAGAAGAAAGUCCCCCAGAAACUGGAGACAAAGACAAAGUCUGUGAGCCCAAGAGCCAGCUAAUAGAAGGGAAGCCAUGGUCAGGUGAACUCUUAACUUCUGAUCUGGCCAAGAAUUAUAUGAAAUAUGGAGAAAACAAAGAGGCUUAUUUAGUCUCUGAGGACCCCAGGUUUACAGAGCUGCGUCCAAUAAUCCUCAGAAUUCUGAACCAGCAAGAGUCAAAUAUAAGGAGCCCGUUUACCCAGAACUACCUCACGGUGACGCAGUUUGUUCAGCUCCUGGAGACAUUUGUGGGGGAAGGUGUCUCCACUGGGAUCAUGAAGAAGUUCAUCAACUUUAUAAAGAAGAAUUACGUAGAAACACAGGAAGAGAAAAUCAACCAGCUGGAGAAGAUUCAGCAAGAGAUCUUGGAAUUGCGAAGGAAGAUACUUCUAGAAGCUCUUUUUCAGAAAUGGGAUAAUGAAGGCUCUGGCUUUGUGGACCUGCGCGAGGUUGAUAAACUUCUGUUUACUUACAAGGAAGGCAUGGAGAAGGUAUCGAUGCAAAAAGCCAAGCUGCACAUAAAGCUUCCGGCGCCCCACCCCGGCAGCGAGAUCAGGCUCAACGUGGACCAGUUUAGAGAGUACAUCGAGCUGGUGGUGGCCGAGCUCACCGGCAACGAAAGCGAAGUCUUCGACAACGUGGUGGAGUUCCUGAUGAUGAGCUUGCCAAGGAAGCACGGGGAGCAGCUGCGGAGCCUGGCCCGGCGGAAGUGGCUGCGGGAGAUUCGGAAGGCGGCCGAAACCAGCGGCGUCUACCUGGAGCCCGUCUACGCCGCCGUCUUCAAGGCGCUGACUGAGGACGCCGAAGCCCACGGCAACAAGAGGAUCAGCGCCUACAUUUCCCUCUUGGAAGAAAACAAAAUCUUUCCCGAGCGGGGGAAAUACCUCCUGAGGAUCGUAGCUUGCACCAUAGAGGAUGCGCCAUUUGUCCUGAAGCAGGUGCUUUAUAGGGACAUGAAAGGCAUCAGUUUUACAGUUGUGGAUCAAGGGGUGCCAAUCCAUGUCCCGCAAGUUGAGAAUCACGGAAAUAUCCAUUUCUGGAACACUUCUCGUAAACCAAAGGAUUGUAAAGGGUCGUUCCUGGCUCUCCCUCUUGAGGAUGCUUAUAAAAGAAGCUUUGGGGUCCUGGCGGUAGACACCCUACGGGAUAGCUCCAGAAGAAGCAUCUUUGUACCUCAUGAGAUCAGCUUCUAUCAGGGUGUGGCCAACGUAUUUAGUAUUGCUUACCACUAUGUUCACAGCCGGGAACACAUCUUGCAUGUGAUAGCAACCGCUGCUGGCUGGCUCCGCAUUGUAGCACCCAGCAUCAGGAGCAUUACCACCUUCCUGGUGGAGCCGGGGCUAGAGAAGGAUGCAGAUUACAUUUUACGAAAAGUUAUGUACUUGGACAAUAAAAGACAGAUGGAAAUCUUCUCCUCUCCCGCCGUCCUGCACAGAAAGGAGAAUCUGUUCAGAGACUAUAUCUUUAGAAGUGUCGAUACCUCUCAGGUUAUCUUCACCCACGCCCUUGGGAUGUUUCACAUAGUUGUUCCAAUCCGAGACAGAAAGGGCCUAGCACUAGGGGUGCUUGAUUUCACCAUUGCCCCGAAAAAAAUGUUGUCGAUUCAGGAGUACAAAGAUCUCCAGAAAAUGCUGAAGAUAGUGCAAGAAGCCUGCAAUGAAAUACUAGGCGAAUGCUUGGGAGAAAUCAAGAAAAAAUAUUUCCUAGAGUUGGAACACAAAGGAGAAGUACAAAGGGUAGGAAUUCUCUUCUUCCGCAUCAUGCUGAAAGAGAUCCAAGGGAGGAUCCGGGAGCUCGAUCCUCAGGCCUUCAAAGAUCUGAAGUUUUAUUGUGAUGAAUUUUCGUCUAUGGCAUCUGAGUCCCCAGCUGUUGAAGAGGAUCAUCACCAGGCUCCUCCCUUGAUCCAUGAAGAUCAUCACCAGGCUCCUCCCUUGAUCCAUGAGGAUCAGCACCAGGAUCCUCCCUUGAUCCUUGAGGAUCAUCAGCAGGUUCCUACCUUGAUCCAUGACAUCAUAAAAGCAGUAGUGUUGAUCAUUAGUUCGGAGUGGGAGGAUGCAGAGACUAUUGAGGACUGGGAUCAUUGUAAAGAGCACAUUACCACUGAACUGAUUUCAAAGCUUUGCACCUUUGAUCCCACUGAAGAUGAUGUCAAUGUUGAUACAGAACUCCUUUCUAAAUAUAUCAAAGGACAUCCCCGAAAAGCCGUGCGGAUGCAGGACUCUGUUGCCAUUGAAUACUUAUACCACUGGGCACUCACCUGUCUGUGUCUUAUGGAGCUGAAGCAGAAACUUGAGAACAAAUAUGCUCCUCCUCUGCCCUCCGGAGAGCUGUCCCUCCACAGACUGCAGAUCGAUUUUUAAAAGACCAUCCUUGAUGGGGAUGGUAGAGGGGUCUUAAUUUCCUUGGUUAGUUAUUAAGAUAUUUUCCUUUAGAAAGAAGUGCUUCCGGAUAAAUGCCUUAAGCCACAUUAGAAGUUAUACAAGCAGAUGUCUCCGAAGUCUGGCCUUUCCAACUCCCAGAAGCUAUUGGCCUUGAUACCUGAGUGGUGUUUAUUUCAUUUUUGUUAUGAUGUAGGCUGAAAGGGAAGUUAAACGAACCAGAGCGGGGGUUACUUUUAAUUUUGAUCAACUUCCAGUUUUUCUGACUCAUGGCCCCUUCGCCAUUGAAAAGUCAUCUGAACCAGACAGCCUUGUGGAAAGAGCAUCUUCAUCUCUUACUCAUGGGAAAAAGCCAACACCCUUGUUUGUGGAGGGCCCUGCCAAGCUCAAGCAUGGCAGAAAGACUUUUUACUUGUUCAAAGCUUGUGAUUACAACAAACUUUACUGCUUGGCGGCGAGAUUCCAUCUUUGUAAUAAUGUAUCUGAUGGCAGAAUCCAUUUUUUAAUAAAAUUUUGGGAAAUUAA